AUGUUUUUCCCAACGUUCCAAAAACUUGUACAAAACGAAAAAGUCCGAGAAGUUAUUCCAUUGACACAUGCUAUACCGCACCGUAUCGAAUUUGAAGAAGAUCUCUGGCAUAUUCCGCAUCGUCAUUUAACAAUCCAAUACCAUAUAGGUAAUGGUGAAUUCGGAGAAGUUUGGCGUGCACUUUGGAAAAACGGAAAUCGAUCAAUACCUGUCGCAGUGAAAAAAUUACAUAAACGACGACAAGAUAUCUCAAGCUUAAAGAGUUAUAAUCAAGAGAUAGAAGCAAUGAAAACCUUACGAAAUAAUUAUAUUGUAUCUCUCUUCGGUGUGGCACAUGAUCUUCAAACAAACGAAAUCUUACUCGUAACAGAACUAAUGGGAAACGGAGAUUUAAAAAAUUGGUUAGAAGAUAGUAUCGACGUCCCAGAAGAGAAACUUGUCAUCUCGUUCGCAUAUGAUAUCUGUCGUGGAAUGACAUUUCUUGAACAGCAGUUACGUGUACAUCGAGAUUUAGCUUGCCGAAAUAUUUUAUUAGGCAACGAAGGUCGAACGGUGAAGAUUGCUGAUUUUGGUUUAUCAACGCGUAUUAGUAAUGACAAUUCGAUUCAAAAAAACGAAAUUUAUUAUCAACGAUUGCCUAUACGAUGGACGGCACCUGAAGUUCUUGCCGAUCAAAAAGUUUAUUCAAUUAAAUCCGACGUUUGGUCAUUCGGAAUCGUUUUAAUUGAAAUUUGGCUAAAAGGUGCUGAUCCUUAUCCUUAUGAGAAAGAUUUUUCAUCGAUUCGUGCACUCGUUCGGGGUGGAUAUGUCCAUAGUAAACCAGCGAAAUGCUCGAAUCAAUUUUACAACCGUUUUAUCCUUCCAUGUUUAUCUUUCGAUCCGAAACAACGACCAAACUUCAAAGCAUUGGUCGAGUUGUUAAGACAAUGGCAUCGAGAGAAGGAGUCAUAUGAACUUUUAAAUAGUUCGUAUGUUGAAUUUUGUUCGUAG